AUGGAAAGACAACAACAAUUAGAACAAGAAAAACAAGAAAUUCAAAAUCAUCGAGCCUAUUCAGCAAUUAACCCUACUAUUAGUGGUGAUAAUAAAAAUAAAACAAAGGAACAAAUUGGGAUGAGGGGAAUACAAAGAAGACGUCCUUAUGAUAUAAAUUAUUACACCUCAUCAUAA